GCACUUUACGAUUGCGCAAAUGACAUUAAAUGGUAAGCAAAUCUGUGGUUCCCUUCAAUUUUCAAGUCGCAGAUAACUGAUAUACAUUUUCAGGCGUCUAAAUCUCGCGCCGCGCAAGAGCAACUUGCGACCCUUGAAAAAGCUUCUGCGCCCUUUAUAGAUCAGCUCACGGAAGCUGCAAAGUUCAUUGGGGAGGACUUAGGGGCUGUCGGUAGACCUUUGAAAGACUCGGUGGAGAAGGGAAAACUUUCUAAAACUUUCUCUUACCAUGGUCGAGAAGAAUGGCUCUUGCGAUGGCUAUUAAAGAAGCUACAGGCUCCAAAGGAUGGCAUUUCUAGGUAUUACCACUCAAUUCUUCACGCGGACAUGAGCUCACCUAACAGACAGCAUUAUAAGUCGUGGUUAAUUCUGGGGCAUCUUCUACGCAAUAUACCUUCACCCGUUGCUGCCAGACUUUUGACCGAGCGGAAGUUUACAAAUAUACUGCGCCAGACACUAGAUGAAGCAGAGAAAAGGUCAAGAGAGGUAUCUGCUCUCAGUACGAAGACGGAUGAUCCAGUAUCAGAGCCUAAAAAGAGCUCCAAGAAGCGAAAACGAACUCCACCUCUUACGGAGGCUUCGGAUGCCUCUUUCAACACAUUGAUUCUUCAACUACAAGCAAUUCAUGGCGUAUUGGCAUUUAUAGUUGCUUCUGCGGAGCCGGUAGUUCGAUUGUCAGAGGAGAGCCACGAUUUGGCGUUUACUGCGGAGUACAUGAAGACAACGAUCAGGACCACGGCAGAAGAAGCAGCAAUAACCUUUGGACUUUGGUUGUCACUAUCUUCUUUGACAACAAAGUCUAGUAUUCCUGAAUCGCAGUUUGAGUCUUGGAUCUCACCAUUUAUACAGUUAUGGCAAGCCCGGUCGUCAACUGAGAAUGAUUUGACCUUAUUUUCAAUUCAUUGCACGAAGCCAUUGCUUCAACUGCUUGGGCAGAAAAGCUGGAAAGAGCAGCUAGAACUGGUAGUGGCCCGCAAUAUCAUAAUUCCUGCAAGGUCGGAUUAUACAGGCACUUUAGAAGCAACACUUCUUAACAGUUUGACAAAAAUAUCGAUCAUCCAGGAUUCUGCCAAUGCUCCAAUCCUUUUUGAUAUCGCCACACGAUCAAUUCAAACUAACGGGUCCAGGCGCCGAAAGCCGCAAGACGAUAUUUGGUUGCAAGCUGCAUUCGUCUCUUUUCGAGAGGCAUUUCCUCCGAAGAGGCACGAGGCAAACUGUAAAGCACUGGGCUUGAUGCUGCAAACCGCGAUAAAAUUCAAGAUCAAUAUUAACCUUCCAGUACUGCGCAAAGCCGCAUCCGACUUCGCUCUACCUGAAGGGCGCGACAAUUGGGAACUUGUUGCCGAUUUCUUGAAACUCGAUGGGAAUGUCUUCCUUAUCCCUGAUCCCGAGGAUGAUCUACUGGACAAACUGUUAAGCCGCAUUACAGCAAUAUCCCUAGAACAAGAGUGGGAGUUUUUAGGAGACCAGAUUGUACCUGAUGUUUUGAUUCCACUCAUGGACGAGUUCGCCAGAGCAAGAGAUCUCACGGGGUUUCUUCGCCAUUGGUUUGCUCAACUGGUUUCUUUUGAAAAGCUGCGCAAGAACGGAAGUUUAUUAGAGCGCUUUGGUGCAUGGGAAGACGAUGCAUUGCAAAAACAACUCAGUAAACUCUUUGAGGUGUCAUUGACUCCACAUCAAAUUACGCAGAUUCUUGAUUGGCUCUCCUCUGAAGUUGAAACCAAUCCUGAUGCUGUUUGUGUAUUACUUCAAGCAAUAUCAGGUUCAAUUUCGAAGGAGGAACUUGUUGACGAAAUUCAGUUGCGCCUCCAUCAUAUCAUGUUUGAUAAUGGAAUAUCUGAAAAGCUAGAUGGACGUUACAAGUGGAGAUCCUUGAGCAUAAUCUCCCAAACUCUUGAAUGGGCUGUUGGGCCUUCGAUUGAUGAGAUUGCUUUGCUUUGCACGGAUUUGGCAAAACCAUUCGACUCUCUAUUUAAAGAGAGAGCAUCGUCAAGCGUCAAAGAAGCAAUUGAUUUUGAGGAUCUUGAAGCACUGCGUUGUGUAUGCGCUCUGUGGACAGCCGCAGAAACGGGCACUGGAUUCGAGCAAUCUUUGAAAAAUACAAUGCUUAAUCAUCUCGCGUCAUUAGUAAGGAAACUAAAGGUCUUUCCACAGCAACUUCGAGGGAGCGAGAGUAACUCUAUAAAGGUAUGCGGCGUUCGACAGAAUACCCUGUGCCGCGGUGUUGGUUGGGGGGUAUGGUCUUUAGUUCAUUGUGUGUUUGUGGAAUAUCCGAAAUCUCUCGCGUAAGUCUCUCUUUUCCUGUAUUAUGAUCAUUCGCUAAUUUCAUUAGUCUUGGAUCCGAAAUGGCAGGAGAUGUCACUUUUGAGGAAAUGUUACGGUCUGUCUUUUGGUUAUGUUCUGUGUCCGAGCAUCCAAAACUACCUGAACUCCAAACUGCCAACGAAGGACUAAAGUGGCUUUCGACUAAUAAAGAUGCAUUUUCUAAUUUGUGGCUAUCUGCCAUGCAGCAAGAUGUCAUUUUGAAUAGCCCAGUCAUUGGUAAGGAUUCCACAACCCCUUGUAACGAUCUUUUCAUAUCUAACAGUUUCCCAAGCCACAAUGAUCGAUAUCAUGCUCAAAGGUCAUUCUUAUAUGGAUUGUCCAUUUGUUGAUCUGGAGGCUUUGAACACUUUCUCUAUUCGAGCACUUCUCCAACUUCCGCUUGAAAUAUUCUCUAAGAAGGAUAGGGAGAGCGUAAUGACCAAAUGGAUGUCAGAUUCUGCGAAAUUUGCGAAAGAACUCGACUUUUCUGCCGCGGAUCCUGCAGUUUUGAGUUUGAUGAUCAAGGUUAUGAAUCGGCCGACCUUCUAUGAGGUAAGUACCGCCGGUGCAGUAUAUUAAUUGAACACAGAUCUGACGGGGUCUAGGGAAUGAGCUUCCAGAACUUGGUAAAUCUGGCAAAUCAUCUAACACAAACGACAUCUCAUUCGCCUAAAGUUGGUCUGUCGCUAUUUAAACAACUUGCUCGCUUAAUAAUAUGGUAACUACCAUCUCCUGCAAUAUCUUUUGCGCUGAUAUCAAAAGACUAAUUCAUUGUAGCCAAAUGUCCGAAAACAUGGAGCAAAUCCGAAAUAAAGCUUAUAUCACCGAAACGUUGAGCGAUAUGAAGAAAAUACUUAAGUCUCUUGGUUCCAAGAAAAAGGGCGAAGAUUGGUCAUACUCACUGAUUGCCUUGUUUGAUAGCACAUUGGGUGCCCUUCAGAUCAAGUCUGCGUCUAUGGCUGAUCUAGAUAUAAUCAGCGCAUCCAAAUUUCAGAAGUUGAAUGCCAGCUUGAAGCUGUCAAUUCUCACACAAAUGCAUGCUGUCAUUGGCAAGCUAACAAAAAAGCUGGCUAAAGAAAGCAGCAGUGGCAAAGCCGGAUGUUUGUUGUCUUUGCACUGUAUUCUGGACGCGUUAUCAAAUCUUGGGGUCAACACAGCUGAGCUAGUCGGACUCCAGGAACCUGCCAAUGUCUUAUUACGGUCGGCUAAUUUCAUGUCUGGCGACGAACUUGAAACGGGGAAGAAGUUACAAACCUUCAUGACAACACAUCGCGAGAGCUCAAAUGAGAGCGCCUUGUUUAGUUUGACCCAGGGCAGCGUAUCUUCAGUCUACGGAAGACAGGCAAUUUCGGAUAAGGUGCAUGCAGCAAUUGUUGGCAAGGACCAAGUCUCGAGAUUAAGAUUGUUAGGAUCGUUCUUUGGGUCGGAACUCGACACAUUGGAAAGAUUGCUUGCUCUGAGAUACUUGGUAGCAUCUUGUGAAGGUAAGCAACCGAAAUGGCUUAAAACAGUACAAUGGCUGACCUUUUCAGAUACCAGGAGACCGCCUGAUGACGACGAUGAAAUUGACAGCUUUGAUAUGUCCACAGCAUACUCAAUUCUGUGUGCGAAUAUGUGGAAAGUCAAAGAUCUUCGUCAAUUUAGUCUCAUUAGUGAAAUAAUGGAGCUGAUGCUUCGCACCAAGGUAUUUUCUUAUUCAACAGUGCUUUCAUGUAUUUUCUGAUCAUAGCACAGGCACGGUCCAUGUCACAAUGGAACAUCGAUAGUACUCUCGGUAGUAUAACCAUCCUGUGUUCUCGAAAUGGCCCAGCCGUUCGAGCUACUCGAGCAGGAACAAUCUACCUCCAUUUAUGCCGCCUUCUACAGGCAGUUCUUACUUCACACCGCAUCAAGCUACAAGGUCACUUCCACCUUGUGGUUCAAGUGAUGCAAACCCUCCUACGAUGCUUGUUCGUACCUCUUCCUCACAGCACGACAAAAACCACUAAAUUUAUGGCACCGCCACCUUGGCUCUCAUCCCCAAAACACCAACUAUCGGCCAAACAUGCCGUAGCUUUUACUCGUCUUGUUACGUUAAUUUGUGACCCCAGCGUCUCAUCUGUUACUCGGUCCCAGCACAACAACCUCACAUCGGCCACUAAUAAAGCGAAAGGAAUGGCAGCUCAACACAUGCAGCUUUUACUUACGACUUACAUAAAACUGCAACUUGAAAUGAGAAUGUUGCCGGAGAUUAGGGAGAAGAUGAUUCCAGGUUUAUAUGCGAUCUUUGAUAUCACGACACCUGAGAUGAGAAGAAUGGUUAAUGAGAGUUUGGACUCGAGUGGACGAUCUGUGUUUGGUACUCUGUUCAGGGAUUACCAGAGGUUUGGAAAGUGGAAAGGUUAGGUAUCAGUUGUCCAGAAUCGCAAAGAACUUCCAAAAGAUAUUUGAAUGGUG